AUGGCGCUCCCAACCGCUCACAACCGCGGCUAUCCUGCUGAUACAAAAAUCGGGAACUCGACCCAGUCUCUCGCUACACCCUUCGCCGGACUUGUGCGAGAGUUUAACGAACAGCUAGAGUUAAUCGAGACAGGCGAGAAGACAAGGAAGAUCCUCAGAGUCAAGGCCGGCGGCCACAAGCAAUGCUUGCCUGGCCAGCCGCGAGUCCGCCUGGACAGCGGUGGGCUCAGUGCAGACGGCAAAGACCCGUUGCUCAAAUAUCUCCAGGACCAGCACAAGACCGAUAAGCUCGACAGUCUCUGCCCCUUGAUGAGCGUCAUCUUCGUGCAAACCCCGUCGUACGCCCACAUCACCGCACUGCACCACCAAAAGUCACGCGAGCGCAAGGUCAUUGUCGACGAGCACCCGGGGCUGCACCUGCUUUGGCACUACCAGCUUAUCUUCAUCAAGCCCGUGCCCGCCUAUUUCUACUCCCAGGCCUUCUGGGACUACAUCCGCCAUGCCGACGAGGACGCCUACAAAGCCAGCCUGGGCUUCAUGCGCAGCUACUACUACAUCAUCCAGUUCGAGAUCGACUACAUCGAGGCGUGCGAGCUGAACCUGAUCCCCAAAAAGGACGACGGCCAGCUGCCGACCUACGAAGAAUGGUGCGAGUUCAUUGAGCCCUUUGCACGAGUAGGCGACGACCACGUGAGCCGGCGCUACCACUACGGCGAGAUGCGCCUGACGCGCAUCAACCGCGCCGCCUGGUCCAGGGGGUAUCUGGCCUAUUUCCACAUCUACCCGCAGUGGGGGUCGUUUCUGGCGCACACCAUCGCGCCCAUCAUCACCGUCUUUGCCGUCAGCUCGGUCGUGCUCAACUCGAUGCAGGUCAGCCUUGCGGCCAUCGACACGGGCAGCGGCGUUGAGGGGCGGAUCGCGCCCAGCGGGCCGUGGCUGAGCUUGUUGGACGCCGCGCUCUGGUUCCCUGUUGUGGUCAUGCUGGCUAUUGCUGUCAUGCUCGUCGCGGGGAUAUUGGGCGUGCUCGGCAUGGGUGUGAAGGAUUUGGUAAGGACGAGGACGGUCAGGAUGAGGAAGAAGAACGGCGAUGUCACGGCCGGAGUCAGGAGUCAUGGCAUGAUCUGGUAG